CGCAAGGAGUACGUCAGCUGUUUUGUUAGGUUCGCGGAGGAGAUGUGCGUGUGCGUUGAUCGUCGUCGGGAAUGGUGUUGCAUUGUUGACUAGAGGGGCAUUUCUCUCUCGCGCAACUUUCGCGUCGUCGCACAUAACGGACGCGUUUCCUUUGUUCGCGAAAAGAACACGCGUGUAUUUGACUAUUCUGCGUACAAAGGUGAAUCGCGUACGGUGUGGCGUUACAGAAUCUACAGUUUGCAGGGAAAAACACUAGCUCUGCGCGAUUGAUCCUACGAGACCAGUCAGGUACAACGUAAGAGGCGUUCGUGCGGUGGUUCGUGGCUACUUGACGCGACAGAAUCGGGACGUUCUCGCCCGCUCGGAGGGGUAGACACAAUAGUGUGCAAUAAUCCACGAAGCGCAGUGGAACAUGGCACAACCGACGAGCAGCGCGCUACGGGCGCUCGCCCUGGAGUACAAGAGCCUGCAGGAGGAGCCAGUCGAGGGCUUCCGCGUCAAGCUCGUCAACGAGGACAACAUGUUUGAGUGGGAAGUCGCGAUCUUCGGUCCGCCCGACACACUCUACCAGGGCGGAUAUUUCAAGGCACACAUGAAGUUCCCGCCGGAUUAUCCGUACAGUCCACCGAGUAUUCGUUUCAUGACAAAAGUUUGGCACCCGAAUGUAUAUGAGAACGGUGACCUGUGCAUAUCAAUUCUGCAUCCACCUGUAGACGACCCCCAAAGUGGCGAGUUGCCUUGUGAAAGGUGGAAUCCGACGCAAAAUGUUAGGACCAUCCUGCUAUCGGUGAUCUCGUUGCUGAACGAACCCAACACAUAUAGUCCUGCCAAUGUCGACGCAUCGGUAAUGUACAGACGCUGGCGCGACUCCAAAGGGAGAGACAAAGAAUAUGAAAAUAUCAUAAGGAAACAAGCCCAAGCUGCCAAGGUGGAAGCCGAAAAGGAAGGUAUCGUCGUGCCGGUUACCCUGGAGGAUUAUUGCAUAAAAACUCGUGCGAGGCCGGCCGAACAGCAGCUGGAUAUGACAGACUUCUAUGAUGAUGAGUACGAGUUGGACGACGAUGAAGACGAGCAAUUGAGUGCGACCGAUUAUGAAGACGGCGACGAUAGUGGCAAUGGAGAAUCGUGAUCCAUUUCUUAAACAAUAAAUAACAACAAAAAGCCGAACCGCUAACUAUUAUACAUCAGUUCUGUAUAGAUUGAUAAAUUAACGAGCUUCUAAACCGUUCGAUCUCUCUCCAUUUUUCUCUCUGGAACACCAAAACGCAACAUCAAAAUUCAAGUUUUUUGAAGUUUUUUUGCCAGAGAGUCAAUAGAAAAUGAGUGAUACGUACGUCUCUCAAACUAUCGUUAAUUGUUACACGUGUCUACUAAACAAGUCAAUUUUGUUGCAGUUUUUAUUUCUAUAAAAAUAUAAAAGUGUGAGAUAUGGAUUGUCUGCAAGCAAUCUCAAGAUGUCAUGCGGGAUACGAUAAGGUUGUUUAUUUAACGAUAAUUUAUGGAUAACAAUGUUGUUUAACCCUCGCACUGUUUACGCAUUUGUUAUAUAUAUCAGCUAGAGCUGAAUUAUAAAUUUGUGGUCCACAAACAAUUUUUUAUGUUGUAUUUUAUU